GAGAGCUGGAGAGAUCCCUUCAGAUUGCAGUGAGAGGAGGCGAAAGACCAGCCUGGGAGAAGAGCCUCGCCAGGAACAUCCUUCAUCCACAGCAUCGUCUGGACCAGCUGAAUGAUGCUGGUACCCGGGCUGUAGCAUUCUUCCUCCUUCUCUACCCUCCUUUUCCUGAUGCCAAAAGCAUCCCCCUCCCGCUAAACCCAUCAGGAUGCCGGCCUCGGUAUUGUCCCUAUAGGGGGGCACGGGGGGGGGGCUUGCCUUGCCUUGCUGUACCCCUUCCCAUCCCACCACCCCAUUUCUGAUUGUUGCUCAGACAAAAGCCAUGUCCAGUGGCAAAGAAGCAGGUGGGGUCCACCCCUACCAGUCGCAGCAGAGUCAGCAACAUGCUCAGUAUGUGGGGCCCUAUCGGCUGGAGAAGACUCUGGGGAAAGGGCAGACUGGUCUGGUGAAGCUGGGCGUACACUGCAUCACAGGGCAGAAAGUUGCCAUUAGUGGAACGGGAAAUUGCUAUUCUGAAGCUGAUUGAACACCCUCACGUACUCAAACUUCAUGAUGUCUACGAGAACAAAAAAUACUUGUACCUCGUCUUGGAACAUGUCUCAGGAGGUGAACUUUUCGAUUACUUGGUGAAGAAAGGCCGUCUGACCCCCAAGGAAGCCAGGAAGUUUUUCCGACAAAUUGUCUCAGCUUUGGAUUUCUGUCACAGCUAUUCUAUAUGGUCUCUUCCCCUUAUCUCUCUUCCCAAAUGGGACAGAGUGAACAACAGCUACCAUUUUAGUGAGUUUUUAAAAAUGAUUAUUUCAUAUUAUAUGUCAGGGGAGAAGUACGAUGGACGUCGCGCGGACAUGUGGAGUUGUGGUGUCAUCCUCUUCGCCCUCCUGGUGGGGGCGCUACCCUUUGAUGAUGACAAUCUACGGCAGCUUUUGGAAAAAGUGAAACGUGGGAUUUUUCACAUGCCCCAUUUCAUUCCGCCAGACUGUCAGAAUCUCCUGCGGGGCAUGAUUGAGGUGGAGCCAGAGAAACGUCUCAGUCUGGAACAGAUUCAGAAACACCCAUGGUUCUUCCUNGACCCUGAUGUGUUGGAUAGCAUGCACUCGUUGGGAUGUUUCCGUGAUAAGAACAAGCUAAAACAGGAACUGCAAAAUGAAGGAGAAAAUCAGGAGAAAAUGAUUUAUUACCUUCUGCUUGACCGCAAAGAGAGAUACCCCAGCUGUGAGGAUGAGGACCUGCCUCCACGCAAUGAUGUUGAGAGCCCCAGCAGCACUCCCUGCGGGACACCCCCGAGCAGUCCUGGUGUGGCCGGCGUGGCAUGGAAAACCCGCUUGAACUCUAUCAAGAACAGCUUCCUUGGUUCCCCACGCUUCCAUCGUCGGAAACUGCAAGUUCCCACACCAGAAGAAAUGUCUAGUCUUACACCAGAAUCAUCCCCAGAGCUUGCCAAGAAAUCCUGGUUUGGAAAUUUUAUCAACUUAGACAAAGAAGAACAAAUUUUUGUGGUCAUCAAAGACAAACCCCUGAGUUCCAUCAAGGCUGAUAUUGUACACGCCUUCCUCUCAAUCCCCAGCCUGAGUCACAGCGUUAUAUCCCAAACAAGCUUUCGGGCUGAAUAUAAAUCAUCGGGUGGGCCCUCCGUCUUCCAAAAACCUGUUAAGUUCCAAGUUGACAUCAGCUACUCCGAGGGGGGAGAGGCACACAAGGAUAGUGGGAUCUACUCAGUCACCUUCACCCUCAUCUCAGGUCCCAGCCGUCGGUUUAAGCGGGUUGUGGAAACGAUUCAGGCACAACUACUCAGCACACAUGACCAGCCUUCUGUGCAAGCCCUUGCCGACGAAAAGAAUGGGCAGCAGCUCCGUUUCCCAGGCACCCCAACCCGCAGCUGCCAGCCAUCUCGCCGCUCUGAAUCAGACAUCCCAACCGAACAACAUCGACAUGGCUCCAAGGACAAGAAGCUUGUCUCCUCUAACGGGACUCAGGUCCAGCAACCACAAACUCCGUCCCCACAGCAGCCAUGACAUAUGGAGCAGGAGAGCAGCACGUGGGUGGCUGGGGGGGAAAAAGCAGCUGAAAGAAGCCACCUCCAGCCCCCUGGAAAUAGCUAAAGCCACCCCUAAUGGACAGGAGGAGCCAACCAGCCCCAUGGAUGGGUCAAGGCCCACCAGGGACGCAAGGGACAGGGUGGGAAGAUGGAGAUUGGUCCAGAUUUAAUGACCCCAACUCACCCUGGGGCAAAGAGUGGCCAUGUUGGGAGAGGCCCAUACUGUGAACUUGUAAAUAGCUAACGAAGAACAGAAAACAGAACAAAUCCACAAAAGAACAAGAGGUGGGCGGGAAAACACAACAUGGAACUGAAAACAAAGACAAUGGACUGAAGGGUGCGGGAAGGAAAACACACAUGAAGAGAGUAACCGGGCAGGAGCCGGUGGGGGUGAGCGACUUAAUCUGAUUCCUU